AUGUCUGCAUCACCCACCUCUACCACCGCAAUGUCUUCGGCCAAACGACCCUUGGAAGAUCCUUCGUCACCCUCCGCUCCCACUGACCUACCAGAUGCCAAACGCCCAGCACUUGACAAACCAGUCAAAGAAGACACCACGGUGCAGGACUCGGGCAGUAGUGAGACCAUCUCGGCAGAGGGUGCAAAGACAACCGAAGAGCAAGCUCUGCCGGCUCCUGUGACGAACGGAGCUUCAGACGCAGACGCACAUCCUGAACCGGCCGCACCGGCAACAACCAAUGGCACUACUGCACCAUCACUCCCAGACCCUCAGACACUCCUGCCGAUGACCGCUCCACCGCAACAUGAUCGAUCUUCUUCUAACGGUCCUUCAGCGCCGUCACAGGAUGAGACGAAUUGGAUACAUAUCCGUGCAGUCAUCUCAAGCGCCGAAGCUGCAACGUGCAUCGGAAAAGGCGGUGAAAACGUAACUCAAAUUCGAAAGCUCUCUGGGGCCAAAUGCACCGUCAGUGACUACUCCCGUGGCGCUGUGGAACGAAUUCUCACCGUGAGCGGAUCGCAAGAGGCAGUAUCCAAGGCCUUCGGUCUCAUUAUUCGCACUCUCAACAAUGAACCUCUCGAUGCUCCUUCCACUGCUCAGUCCAAGACUUAUCCCCUACGCCUGUUGAUUCCACAUAUCCUGAUUGGUUCCAUCAUUGGCAAAUCCGGCGUUCGUAUUCGAGAGAUACAGGAGGCUUCUGGAGCUCGCCUCAAUGCCUCUGAUUCCUGCCUGCCCCUCUCAACUGAGCGAUCCCUGGUGGUUUUGGGAGUUGCUGAUGCCGUGCACAUUGCCACAUACUACGUUGCUGUGACGCUGGUUGAGCAGCUGACUGAACGAUUCGGCGGUCCUGCCGCGUCUGCUUAUGCCACGAGAAGCGGAGGUCCUGCAGGUGUGGUCCCGGGUGGUAUGCAAGUCGUGCCGUACGUCCCUCAGCCCGCUGGAGGUCAGUUUGGUCAUCCAGACACGUACAAGAGACACAAUACCGUCCCCCCUCAACGCACGCCCGCCCAGCCUUACGGCGCCCCUCAGGUGCAUGGAGCUGCUCCGCAACCAUAUGCACCUUACCCGCAACCAUAUGCUGCCACCCCUCGUACUCCCAGCUACGGAGCCGUUCCUCCUCAGCCAGGGCCAUAUGGUCAAGUGCCACCCCAGCCUGGUCCACACGGACAACCCGUGCCCGCGGCUGCUCAAGGAAUGCCUGGUCAACCCAUCACCCAGCAAAUCUUCAUCCCGAACGACAUGGUCGGUGCCAUCAUUGGUAAGGGCGGUGCUAAGAUCAAUGAGAUCCGUCACCUCAGCGGCAGCGUCAUCAAAAUCAAUGAGCCGCAAGACAACAGCAACGAGCGACUGGUCACCAUUACUGGGACUCAAGAGUGCAACCAGAUGGCCCUGUACAUGCUGUAUUCGAGAUUGGGUACGUCUGAAUCUAUCUUGUGA